AUUAAAUAUGAGGAUGUACUAAGAAAAGUCUUUUCCUACUACCGAAACAGAUAUCCAGUGGUCAAUGAAGCGACUGCAUCUUCCACCAAUCUGAAUGCAAUUGAUCGAGCUCUUCACCAGUACAAGCGUCGCCGAUACAACCAACAAUUUAACUCGGACAAACAAUCACAGAAUCAUCAAUACAUUGAACUCCAGAAAUAUCUGGAUGAGGAGCGUUAGUCUUUUGUUACUUUCGAAUUUAUGAUGUUGUUAAUAAUUCUAACCAUGGUGACUUUGAAGCAACCUUACCACUUGGUUCAGUUCCUAAUGUCCUUGACUGGUGGCGUGAUAAUGCACCCCGUUUCCCGAUCCUUUCUCGAAUGGCCCGUGAUUUUCUAGGAGUUCCAGCAAGUGGUGUUGGUGUUGAGAAUAUUUUCAGUACUGCUCGGGAUGUUUGCCACUAUCGCCAUAACCGCCUUGCGCCCGAAACAAUCGAAGCAAUCAUGAUUCAAAUGUCUGCCGAUCGCUUUGAGCUGAAACGGGAAUACACAUUUCUUGAGGAUGAUGACAAUGAUGAGCAGAAGGAUGUUGGAUAUAAGGAUUUGAUCGUUGAAUUGGAAGUCAACUAUAUCGGUGACGAGGAGGAUUUAGGUGGAUUUGAGGAUGAUGAUGAGGAUGAUGGGCUCAACCUUCCUUCAAUGCAGUCUUACCAGCGAUGUUCUGCUAUUCAUCCAUCACUCACUAAUCCACAAGCUCAUUCCAUGACAAGCCAGCCAGAAAUUUCAAUCCCACAAUCUCAUCCUACAACAACCCGGCCACGUCGUGUUAUCCAUGAGCCAGGAUACUUUCAUCGCCUUGGUAAUGGUAAAUAACUGAUUGUCUAGUUAGAUUUAGUUGAUUUUUUAUCCAGAUUCAUCUUGGUGUUGCAAAAGGGGUUUUUCAUUCCCGCAGAGACUGCAAGAGUUGUUCCCCUUCAUUGUCGACACCAGAAGAUGUAGGGAGUUUCAAGGAUUUCAAGAUAGUUAUAUAAAAUUCC